CGGAAGUGAACCCGGAGCGGAAGUCAAAAUGGAGGGGGCGAGCGGUGCCGCUCUGUAGGCCGCUUUCUCAUUCCCCCCCCCUUCUCUUUUUCUCUUCUGGAAACGCUCCGCUUUGUAGGGCUUUGUAGCUUACUAGGGCCAUGGCAAACCGGACGGUAAAAGACGCGCACAGCAUCCACGGCACUAACCCACAAUAUCUGGUGGAGAAGAUCAUUCGCACUCGCAUCUACGAGUCCAAGUACUGGAAGGAAGAAUGCUUCGGACUCACAGCUGAAUUGGUUGUAGAUAAAGCUAUGGAACUGAGAUACACUGGUGGAGUUUAUGGUGGAAAUAUAAAGCCUACACCAUUCUUGUGCUUGACUCUGAAGAUGCUGCAGAUUCAGCCUGAAAAAGACAUUAUUGUUGAAUUUAUAAAGAAUGAAGACUUCAAAUAUGUGAGAUUACUAGGUGCAUUAUAUAUGAGACUGACUGGGACUGCCAUAGACUGCUACAAAUACCUUGAACCUUUAUACAAUGAUUAUCGAAAAAUAAAAAGCCAAAAUAGAAAUGGAGAGUUUGAGCUCAUGCACGUUGAUGAGUUUAUUGAUCAACUGCUUCAUGACGAGCGUGUCUGUGAUAUCAUUUUACCUAGACUACAGAAAAGAUAUGUUCUAGAAGAAGCUGAACAGCUGGAAACACGGAUCAGUGCUUUGGAAGAGGAUAUGGAUGAUGUAGAGUCUAGUGAGGAUGAGGAAGAAGAGGAUGAAAAGCUGGAUAGAGCCCCUUCCCCUGAUCACAGAAGAAGAGGAUAUAGGGAUUUAGACAAACCUCGUAGAUCUCCAACACUGCGCUACAGAAGAAGUCGAAGUAGAUCUCCUAGAAGGCGAAGCCGAUCUCCAAAGAGGAGAAGUCCUUCGCCACGGCGGGAAAGACAUCGCAGCAAGAGCCCAAGGAGGCACCGAAGUAGAUCUAGAGAAAGACGCCACAGAUCAAGAUCUAAAUCUCCAGGGCACCAUCGUAGCCACAGACAUCGUAGUCAUUCCAAGUCUCCAGAAAGAUCUAAAAAGAGCCAUAAGAAAAGUCGUCGGGGAAAUGAAUAACCUUUACCUGUUUCAUGAAUUAGAAGCUUUUUGUUUGUUUAUUUGGUAGAGGAGUUCACUUGAUAGAUAGAUGCUCCUCUAGCAGCUCAAUUUUUUUUUUUGCAUUCAGAGUUUCUUGGGCAGUAUAAGCCUUGCUAAAGUUCAAAGUGAGCAUAUACAUAGUGGAUUCAUCCCUAUAGCCCUGUAUGCACCAGCCUUAGUCUGUCUCCUUACAUUUCUGAACUCAUUUGGUUUAAUUACAGAUUUUUAAAAAAAUCUCUAUAUUUAUGAAUUAUAAUCAAGACAGUUCUUCUCACACUCAAAAUUCAUAGCUCUUCCCUUCAGAUUUUCUAGGCAACAUUAAGGUUGUAAUAUGUAGUCACAGGGUCACUGAGGAUAAUCUACUCUAGGGGAUCCAACUUAGCAACUUUUAAGAAUUGUGGACUUCAAGUCCCAGAAUUCCCUAGCCAGCAUGUCCACAGAUCUUAUAAGUUGCAAAGUUUGGACACCCCUGGUCUAGUCCAUCUUUUCCCAUUUUGAAUUCUUUAUUCAUUGCCCUGUUUGAUAUCUUUAACUAAAAUGGACAUCCUUUCAAUGUAUUUUCUGAUCACCUCUGUUUUUUUACAACAAUUGUAAAUGUGAAGCAGGAAGAAAGUUUGUCUUGUAAUUUCUUUAUUAAAAAAAAUUGGUACACAAGUAUGUCUCUUUUUUAAAAAUUCUUUUUUCUUGGAAUGACUUAUUCAGGACUGAUUUAAAUUACAAAUACUUGUAAAAUGAAGGUAAUUGUUCUGAACAUAAUCACUGUUAAUACAUAAUAAACAGGAGAGUGCAAAUAUUUGAUUCAGUUCAAAAACAGUCCAAUUGCGUUACUGAAAUCAAAUUAGAGAUCUGUGAAAGUUUCAACUUUUGUGUAUGUACAAGUUUUUCCAAGUUGAUUUGGAUUUAUUUCUAAUCUGAAUUGCAAAUCUGAUUCAAACCAAUUUGAACUGUGCUUGACAUGUCUAUUCCUAGAAUAGCAAUACUUAUGACACAGCUACACAUAUUUAUUAAAAUGGGAAUACCACUCAGUUGGGAUUAUUUUCCAAUGAGUGGGAAUAAGAUUGCAGGCUUGAAAAUAUGGGCAAGUUUAGUGUUAUAUUUUUCACUAAGUUACUAAAAGUAUUUGAACAUAAUUUCAAUGCCUGGAGUUUGCUUGAGAUACCAUGUAUAUUUAAUUCAAUAGAGCAUCAAGAUUUUCAUGCUGGUACAUUUAGGUAUACUUCCAUAAAUCAGUCCAAGACUUAAGGUGGUACUACCAUUCCAGAAAUGCUUGAUUUAAUGAAAAUGGCCCUGUUUUGUUCUUCACUUGCUUCUUUGAGUAACAGGCAACUGACAUAUAUCAGACAUGUAGAGCUAUGUACCAGAAGUUACAUGAAGGAAGGAUAAGUCUGAAUGUGUGUGCUGUCACAAAUAGAGUUCAAUGAGUUAAAAUGGCAACACUUCACAGGCAUACGAGGCUUCUU